AUGGCUUCUCUUUCGGCUGAUAUUCUUCUACGCCUACCAGUUAUAGCAUGGUGUUCUGAGAACUUAGCUGCACCAGCUCAGACUUUUCGCCUUCGUGACGUUUUCCUGUGCUUCGACUCGCAGGGCUUCAGAUCAAGCAGGCGGCUAGCUCGUAUGAUGGGCAAACCAUGGGACAAGCACCAGGGCGAGAUCAUCAAGCUCUACAAAGAUGACAGAAAGACGCUUGACGAGGUGAUGAAAAUAAUGGAGAGGGAGUGGCAAUUCAAAGCAUCGAGACGAGCCUACCGAGGAAGAUUCAAGAGAUGGGGUAUCGGGAAAUAUACUCUCACCAAGAACAAGACCCAAAAGGCCAGCGCCGAGAAGCUUGAGAACCACCAGCAGGAGAGCCCGCCACACCCUCCCUUCCGCUUCAUGACUGGACAGAGCAUAACGCCAACUAGAACUUUGAGUAACAACAGUGGGAUUGAACGCUCACGCAACUUCUGGGAGGAUGCCGAGCUAUCCAGGCAAGAGAUUGAGGAGCUUAACCGCAACACAAAUACAUCGUUGGAGUCCUAUACCAGGCAAACGCAGGCCGAAAGCGUUUGUUCAGUGAGACAUGAAACGCUCCCGCCGUUGUCUUACACUUUUCCCCCAUCUCCAGCAUCUUCUGCAUCGAGUUUCCCAGAACAGGUCGGCGUUGAACGAGAGUUGACUGAAGAAGUGCCCCUUAAUUGUUUAAAUCGUUCGACCUUGACGGAUAUCUCCAUGGACGGCAUGCCGCUCGCAUACAUUCAAAGAAUGAGACAGCAGAGCAAGCGUGGGCCAAACCAAACAUACCGGGCAACAUUGAGUCCGGGGACACCAGCUUAUUAUUCUCCGCCGGAGAACAGCAACGUCGAUACUCAAUACCCCCCCGAGUACCAAUACAUCCAUCGGCAAGGACUUCACGGCCAAUACUCCGGCCGCAUCCCGGUCGACUUCAACUCAAUGGAGCCAUCCGUGGCUUACAAAAAGCCGGCAGACGCGAUUGCUGAGCUUACUACAUUCAUGUGA